AAUAAAUCCCGCAAAGUUGCCGCCUAUCAGCUCGAUGGUAAUAAUUUAUGUCUAACCCACAUUGGUACUAGUAUAAUAGUCCAAUUAAAGUCUCAGAGUCUUUGCAGAUGAUGAGAUUUUGAAAUGGAUUUAGACAAUUCAGAUGAUGAUUCGGUAGUUACGAACUCAACAUUUAAUGAUCCAUCAACAGAACUGGUUCCAUCAUUACAACACCACCUGAAAGAUGAAGCAGACAUUGUAAAGUUGCUACCAGCAGAAAUAUGUUCUCCAAUCAUACCUAUAGCAACUACUGUGUUGAGGAAUAUCAAAUGUAACAGUCAGAAGAGUGUGGAGGAAGAUGAUGCUUCUGAUGCAAGCUCAGUCUCUCAGUCAUUGCUAACAACAAACAACAGAAGCAAGGCAUUGAAUUUUUCUGUAAUACCAUUUAGUGAAAAAGUAGAUGAAUGGAAAGAGAUUCUAGUUGAUAGAAGAAAAAACUUGAAAGAAAACAAAGUUACUGAAUCAAGUUUGUCAGACGAUGGCUGUAUAAGAGAAAUAGCUGAUACGAAUGAUCCUCUAGAUGAUAAUAUCCCACAUUCUGAUGGAAAGAAAAUCAAACUUAUUUCACAGAAGUCCCAUGGUGGAGGUAGUGUCAGCCUUAUAUCACACAGUACGGUUGGAGCACAUAGUCCAGAUAGAGUCACUAGCAGUAUUGGGAUAAUAACUGAGUCACAGGAAACAUGUUUGCCAGGUUUGAAACAGUGUGAAGUUAACCAUUUUCAAGAAAAUAAAGUUCCCUCUCAGUCGACAUCGAGUAUAUCAUCACUAGGAGACAUCAAUGACAGUAAUGAUAACAAUUACAAGAAAAAAGAAGAAGACAUUUUGUGUAAAGUUGAAAAAAUGCAGAAUAAAAUUCAAAAGAAACUAUCCUGUGUAUCAGCAAGAACAUCUGCACAAGAUACUGAUGUAAUACAGCAGAAACUUCAUGCAAUCAAAAGUAUGCUUAUAAGGAUAGCAGAAAGACAUAAAGUUGAAAGAAACAAAAUAACAAUUGACAUUAAAAGAAGUGGAAAAUUAAAAAGUGAAAAAAUUGCAUUAAAGCAUAGCUUACAAGAACUGAGUGUUAGACAGGAAUCACUAUUUAAACUUUUUCAGAAACAUAAAGAAAUAACCAGAUUGAUGAAAAAGGAUACAAAUUUGAAGGAGAGCUUUCCUGUUGUGCCAAAUACUGCAGAUGAACAAUGCAGGGAAAAAGUAAAGAUGGUUGGUGGGUUGAACACUAAUAUUACAAAAUCUAUUGAAAAUGUAACAAGUAUGAAGGUUGCUGCCACUUCCAACAGAACAGGAAACAAGAAAUUCGUAGAGGAACAGAAUUUCAAUCAUUCAGCUCAGAAAUCGUGGAAUGACAGAGGCUCUAUAAAUAUUGAACCUUUAACAGAGGAUCCUAAUUAUACCAUAAGCUUCAAUGGGACAAGAGAACUGUAUUCUGAAAUGGAAGACAAUGGGACUUAUGGAAAUGUGACACAGCCAACAUGUAGUGAAGAUUUGGAUAUGGAUGCAAGAAAUGAAGAGAGAGAUGGAAUUGAAAGUAGUUUGAAGAGAACAGGACUCAAUGUAACAAGCAUACCCUUGCAUAAGGGCUCCAUGUACUAUAUGAAGCAAGCAGGGUCCAAAGAUAUAAAAACUGUCAGAGAAACUCAGCAGCUAGAAAUACAUGAUGAGCUAUGCUGUGAAUCAGAUUUACAAAUAAGACAGAAGAAGUUUUCAGAUGAAGGGAAUUUUGAUAAAGGCUGUCUAGUCAAGCAAGAUUUAUUAAAUCAACCUGUUCAGCACAUGUCAGUCUUACAGAAUGUAGACAAAUCAAGUUUUGAUUAUGAAAACUACAAAAGUAAACCGGCAGAAAAAGUUACUGUAGUGCCACCAUCUUCUCCAAUUGUUUUAUCACAAAACACAGAUUCUAAUGAAAGCUUGUCACUAUUGGUGAGACCAGAUAUUACACAGAAAAAUACCUUAGCUUAUUUAUCUGUGCCAUUCAACUCAGUUAAAAAGCCAGGAGUUAUAGAAAUUGAAAAUGAUAUUGACAUGGAUGUGGAAGUAAGCAAAACAUAUGUAAGAAAUACAAGAGGGGAUGUUAGAGAGGACUCAGGAGGAGUUCAAGGUCAAGGUGUUAGAGAUACAGAAGGGAAUAAUCAGGGCAGUACAGCAGACAAACAAACAAAUACAGAGAUGAAAGAGGUUGGAGCUCCUUAUAUUGGAGACUCAUACACUGAUGGUAGAAUAAACACUGGAAGGAUUAUAACCAACAAGGUGAGGGAUAAAGAAAGAGAUAACCGAAGGACCACUGGAGGAGCUAGUCAUGCUGAGGUGGUUAAAAAGACAAACACAGGAUGGGUUAAAGCACCAAAACUCACAUAUAGUCAAGGAAAUGAAAUAUUCAAUAAAAUUAAUAGGAAACGUGAAAUGGCUUGUGUGGGAAAGAAAUUUACCACUGCUGGAGGGAAAAAAAUCAGAGCAACUACACCUAAUGCAAAUCAUAAAAAUACAGAUUACCAAAACUUCCAUGGAGGACUUACUUCUGAAAAAAUAUAUAUUAAUGAAAUUAAAAAGAAAAGUUACAACAAAAUGAGAGAAGAUGGGAAGACACAUAAUGAAAUGAUGAGAAAAGUUAUUGACAAGGCUAUGAAGAUCAUCAGCGAGAAGCCAUCAGGGACCAAACCUUCAUAUAUUGAUGUAGAUAGCACACAGUUAGAACAUGAAAGACUUUACAGAGCAGAACAGAACAAGACACCACAGUUGAGUCCAAGAGAAGGGCAUACCGGUAAUGAUAUAUCUCCAAGCAUAGCCUCAUUUGCCACUUUCAGGUCAGCUUUUACUGAACAUUUUCCUGUCACAAGACCAUCAACACAGGAGCAAGGUCCCCAGGAUAUGUUUAAUGGUUUAAAGUACCCACCACUUCAUUUACUGAUUAACAAAGGAAUUAUUAAACCUGGAAGGAAUAUUCUGACAGCUAAUGCAAAGGAUAGAGAAUUUAGAUCCUCACUUACUGAAGAUGGGAACAUAGAGAGUUUAGGUGGAGAAUUGUUCCAGACACCAGUCAAAUGGUUGGCAGCUAUUCUUGGUAAACCAGUUCCUGAUGUAAAGAAAAGUCAAGCUUACAAACAGGUUCAUUACAGAGGGAGGUCAUUAAUAAGAAUCAUAGAAGAACCCACCUUAGUAGAUAAUGAAGAAGAUGACAGCUAUCAAUAUGAAAGCAAAGAAAGAGAUAACCAGUGUGAAGAUAUAGCUCCAGUUUGCCUGUGUAGUAAUAGUUUCAAUGAUAAAAGUAGUAACAAAGGCUCUGAUUCAACUGGAAGUUUAAAGAUCAUCUUACACAUGUCCAAUAUAAAACUUUUGGAUGUAACAGAUUUUACCAAAGACAAUGAUUUACCCGAAAAUUUCUGGAAUGAUGACUUCUGUAAAGUUAAACUUUGUGAUGAAUUGUGGAAGGAUAUUGACAAUUGGAAUUAAAAUGUGUCAUAUUAGCUUU